UUAGUUGGCCGGGGAACGAGUCUCUGUUUCGAUUCGCGUGCGGCGAGAGUUUCUUGUCUGGUGCUAGAGAAGUGUGUUGUUUUUGAUUUUUCGAAUUUUCAUAACAAGAAAGAUUGAUCGGUCGUCGAUUGGAAAAUAUUGGCACUGACAGUAGUAAUCCCAGUACACGAGAGGCGAUCGCUGCUCGACGGAUAGUCCACACUGAUCGGUACGCGUAAUUUGACACUCAACUACUAGGGAUUACGCGUGUUGCGGUGUCGCCGCGAGAAUCGCUUGGAAAAAGAGUCCGUGAAAGUGUUCUGAGCAGUGUCCAGUGCAGACAGGUGGCCAAUAAAAGUUUAGAUUGACGGUGCGGCGUGCGUUUGGGGGCACCUUUCUGCACUUUCUCGCUCGCGAGCUGCGCUGAAGCAUUAAUACUUGUUUCCCGCAAAUCAGGCGAUCGGUUGCGGGGGGAAAAACCAGCGAAGAAAACUUAUGAGUUUAUUUAUGUAACACAUAAUAAAGAAGCUGAUCCCACGAUCGAAAGUGAGACAAAAGGUCACAAAUUGUAUGGUUGUUCGCAGCAAGAAGUGGCUGAAGUCCGUUUUUUUUUAAAGUGCAAAGCUUACGGUACGCGGCUAGUGUCUGAAAAGAUAGUUCUGGUUGUGCAAAUUGUCCAUUCUAACAGUUCAAAGUGAAACUACGGUGACUAUUAGUGACAUUACAUUCUGAAAGUGCUAAGCAACGAACGAAGCGCAAUGGAUUACGAGGAAACGCAUACAGUGACGAGGAAGUCGACAACCACUUUUCGGAUUCAGGAAACCUCGUCAUCGACCACCACCAAAACCAUCACAACACCCGCGAAGCUGUACGGCAAAGAUCUCGGUGCAUACGAUGAUGUCGAUGUGGACGAGCUCCUGGCGCAGCUCUCGCCGGAAGAGAUCACCAUGCUGGCCAAGGAGGUCGACCCGGAUGAUUCCUUCCUGCCCCCGAGUCAGCGAACCAAUUACGAGUGUGACAAGGAACCGACCGGACCACUGGAUCGGAAGAAGCUGAUAGACCACAUCAACAAGCAGGCAAUGGAAACACCGGACCGGCCGGAAUUGGAGCCCUUCGUGCCUGGGAUGGUUCGCGGUAAAAAGUGGAUUCCACCACCACAGGAGAAAAAGAUGCAGGAUGCCGAGGAUCAGAUAGCCAUCGAUCUCGGUGAUGAGUACGAGCAUGCAUUGUCGGAUGCCACCCAAGAGGAAAUUAUCGAUCUGGCUGCCAUCCUUGGCUUCCACUCGAUGAUGAACCAGGAUCAGUAUCAUGCGUCUCUGCUCAACAAGGGCCAACCGGUGGGGUUGGGCUGGGACGGUAUCACCAAGUCGUCUAUCCAGAAGAUAUUCCCCGCGGAGGCUCCCAACAACACCAACCCGGAGGAGAUGAUCAAGAGAAUAAAGGAUGACGACAGCAAGCUGGUGGACGUGAAUUUUAACAAUAUUAAGAACAUCUCCGAUGCGCAGUUCGAGCAACUGUUCCAGGCCCUGCAGAGCAACACCCACCUGGAAGUGCUGUCCUUGACAAACACCGGCCUCACGGAUCGUACCGCACUGCUGCUGGCGGCCGCCAUAGAACGCAACCACACCCUGCGGGUAUUGAACGUGGAAACGAACUUCAUCAGUCCACCGGUGAUCGUGACGCUGGUCAAAUCCCUGCUCACUCAAAUGACCAUCGAGGAGUUCCGGGCCUCCAAUCAGCGAUCACAAGUGCUGGGCAACAAAAUCGAGAUGGAAAUCACCGACUUGGUGGAGAAAAAUAUGACCUUGCUUCGGCUAGGAUUACACCUCGAGUUCAACGAUGCCCGUCACCGAGUGGCUGCUCAUUUACAACGCAACAUUGAUAGAAUCCGUGUUGAUAAGAAAGAUGGUCGAUCAUCACGCGGUAGCUUUUAUCGGCCACAGCAUGUCGAAGAACGGAUGGACGAAUUGGAAGGCGUCGAAGAAGAGGAGGAAGAAGUGCGCGAGGUUCCGCAGGACUACGAUGUGGAGGAGGAUCCGGACAAUAUCGUGAUCCGUCCGCCGCCCUCCGACGACGAGGAUAUUAAGAAAAGAUCUGUCGCAGCGCCUGCAGUUUAGAUUUUUCCAAAAUAUUCACAGAAAGCAAGCGACAAUGAUACAGUGAACUCUGGCGCAAGCUCGUAGAACACCUUACCGAGUGACUAAAAACGUUAUCUAAUAAUAAAAUAGAAUCGUGUUUUGUAUGAUUAAUUUUUAAAAUCUACAACCUAGAGCCAGGUGACACGUGAAGUUUUUUUUCUUGUAUCAGCAGCAUCAUUGCGCGCAAAACGUUUGCCAACACUGUGUCAGUUCCUUCUGUAUACUGAAAAGAAGCGACUUAAGAAGGGUAAAUAUUUUCGAAUCUUUUUUGAACAGUCAAAAGUGGGAUCUUAAACCUUACUAUUAUACACUAAUUAUUUAAAACUAGAGAAGUUUUGUUUUCUUGAUUCCUGUGUGAUACCUUCUACAACAGAAAACUAACAACAGAAGGGUAAACAGAAAAAAAGAAAACUUGUUGCAAUUAAAACUACUUCGUUGUACUGCAAUUGUGAAAGUUAGUUAGCUAUUAGGUAAAGGAAGAGCUAUUAAAUAGAUAGGUUAUACUGGGGAGAAAGAAGAGAGAGAGAGAGACCAGCAUCAUCACAUUUUAUCGACAUAUCAUGAGAGCAGCAACAGCAGCGAACACCGAAAAAAUUGCGUUCCGCCAAUCAGCAGUUCUCAGUUGUCCUACACGCUAAAUAUCAUCAGCCCAGUUUCUGUACUGUAGUAGAGUUAAAUGAGUUCAGGCAUCGAUCAUCGUUCAGACGUAACCGUCAUUCUCCCUCCUGGAUGACAGUGCCGUCAAAUGCUACGCAAAGGAUGGGGAAAAA